AUGGGUCAGCCAGACGAGCAAGAGAGAGUUCGGGAAUUAUCAAGGUUUGAUCUGCCCCCGCCUCGAUCCCGAUCGCCGUUGACAUAUCCCGAUAGGUACUACUGCACCUUCGAUCAGCACGGCCUGCCCGAGGAUUCAAUAGACUCCGUGCAUCUUUCCUCGGAUACCACCCUGACCGCGCUCACCCAGUUGGGGGUUUACCGCUUUGCAUGCAAUCGAUCCUUCGUGUCGAUCAUCGAUGGCGGGAACCAGCAUGUCAUUUCCGAGGCGACGGCUUCGAUCUCCCUCCGCAAUACCGAUCACCAUCAACCAGAUGAUGGGAUCUUCCUGGGUGUGAGGACCCUUGACUUGGAAUGGGGGGUGUGUCCUCAUGCCAUUCGCUUGUUCACCGGUCAGGAUGAGUCUCAUGUCCAGGACACGGAGAACGUAACGGCCAACCGGACAAGGAAUAUCAUUCGUGAUUUCACCAAGGAGGACUUCUACAAAGAUCGUUCUUAUGUGCUUGGCUGGCCCCACUUCCGAUUCUAUGCCGAAGUGCCUCUGUACAGUCCUUCGGGAUAUGUUCUUGGUUCGUACUGCGUGGUCGACGACAAACCACGCACAGGGUUCGGCGACGAAGAGGUAUCUGCACUGAGAGAGAUUGCCGAUGCGAUUACGAAUCAUCUUGAAAACUCCCGGAUCGUUCAAUACCAUCGCCGCUCGGAAAAUUUGGUGAAAGGCCUGACGAGCUUUGUCAAAAGCCGCUCGAAGUUUGAUCCCACCGGGUUCUCGACCCAGAAUCAAUUGGAAACGUCCACGAAGAACAUGAAUUCAGAGAGUCUCGAACCAUCGGUAAACUUGGGUGAUGUGGGGGAAAGCAUUGCUUCACUAUCUGCCAAAGAUCGCGGGGUUUAUUCGCCGCUUGAUCAAAGAUCUUCACCAAGUCUGAAUGCACGUGAAGCCUCUGUGUUCUCGGAAACUGGCCGCUCGAGAUCAAAAUCGACACUGCCCUCGUCUAUCUCGAGAGCUUAUUCGGACCGAACGGAUCCUGCAUCCACUUCUUUGGAUGCAACUUCCGAACCGACAGUAACUGAAGACGUUCCUAUCACUGAGCGCAUUGCAGCCAUUUUCUCCCGUGCUAGCGUGCUGCUCAAAGAAUCAUUGGAUCUCGAUGGUGUGGUUUUUCUCGAUGCCCACCGAAAUGAUCCACAAUUUGAACCAUCCGGACAAAACGAGGGCUGGGAAGCUGUGCCUCAGUUUGUCGACCCGGGAUUUCCCCUGACCCCUCGCGCAUCGCUACCUAAAGAUGCUGGAAAAUACUGUGGCUUCUUGGGGCAGCCUUCAAACGAUCGGACGGCCGAUGAUUCAAAGGGCUAUCCCAGCCGGAUUAUGAUUACCGAAGAUCUACUCCAUUCAUUAAUCACCCAUUUUCCAGAGGGCCAUGUCUUCGAUCUCGAGAGCAGCGCUGAAAUCACCGCCGCGGACGAGGACAACACAAAUUCGGCCUCAAAAUCAGAACCCAUUCAAUUGAUCACCGAUCGCCUGUCUGCACAACUUCCAGGCUCCAAGUUCGUACUCUUCUAUCCCCUUUGGGAUUGGAGUAAGUCACGUUGGCUUGCAGGUACAUUGGUUUGGAUGAACGGCUGCCACCGUCCUCUGGGUACAGAGGAACUUAACUAUUUCAAAGCAUUCGGCGACUCGAUCAUUUCCGAGGUUUCCCGUUUACAUUGGACGGCAAGUGAAAACUCGAAAUUUGAUUUUGUCACAUCAAUCAGUCAUGAGCUCCGCUCGCCACUUCACGGAAUACUUGCAAGCGCAGAGCUGCUGAACGAUAUUCCCCUUCAACCCACGCAACAUGACAUUGUCAACAUGAUCUCGACUUCAGGAAUCACAUUGUUGGACACUAUAGACCACCUGUUGGAUUAUUGCAAAAUCAACAACUUGGGACCGGCCCCCGAGCUCGACAAGAAAAGAAGCACCAAGGGGACAAUGAGUCUUGUUUCUGAAUUCCAUCUUGAUCGAUUAGUCGAAGACGUCGCUAUGAUCCUUCACACGGGUCGAGCCCCUAUCGAACCUACUCUAUCCGUCCAGCCAUCUGAAGAAAAGAUCCGCGAGCUGUCCGUGGUGAUCAAUAUCGAACAGCCCCGCUCAUGGAAGAUCCGAUCAGUAGCCGGCGCUUGGAGACGGAUUGUCAUGAAUCUCCUCGGAAAUUCAUUGAAAUGGACACAAGAUGGUCUCAUCGAAUUAUCAUUGUCAGAGGUGGUCGACCAGACCUCGGAAUCCACCCUUACGCAUCUACGCGUCACCGACACAGGCCGAGGGAUUGCCCCAGAGUUCCUCAAGAACGCAGCUUUUACUCCAUUCUCCCAGGAAGACGCACUUUCAGAAGGUGUCGGCCUUGGUCUCAGCAUCGUACACAAACUCGUCGCUUUCCUCGGUGGCCACAUCAACAUGAGAAGUGAGAUUGGGGUGGGCACCCAGGUCGAUGUAUACAUUCCCUCGCUGCGAUGUGAGAAUCAGGUUCCCGCAACUAUAAGUUCUACCGAAUGCAACAUCGGCACAGACUCCAAUGAGUUGAGAGCAGGGCUUAUUGGCUUUAAUUCCUAUCCCGACUUGGCUGAAACACCUACUGGUAUCAUGAGCCCUGAUGCGAAACGCAAACUCUCUAUCCAAAACACGCUUGCCAGUGUUCUCAUGAACCAGAUGGAAUGGCGCAUAUCUCUUGCCGAGUCUAUUGAAACCGGGCUGGGUGAUGUUGCCGUAAUGGAAGAGGCGAAGUUCAAAGACACAUGGGAUGGCACCAAAAUUGCGAGCAAUCUCCGCAGCCGCUUCAAGGUUUUCAUUGUGUUGGGCAGCGCCGGUGCCCUUCUGGGCAACGCCCUGCCCUCUAAUGUUAUCUUCGUACGGCAGCCAUUCGGACCUAAAUCGAUAUGUCAAGCCGCCAAAGAUGCCAAGAAGCUACUUGAAACACAACCUGAAAACGAGUGUUUCGGUGUUACUGAAUUGAAUGUGCCACCUAUCGUUUCUGAGGAGCUUCCAGCACAGGCCGAACCUAUCGCCAUUCCAGAGACACCGGUGGAAUUGGUGCCGCAAACCCCGAUUGAAGUGGUCUGCCCAAAUCCCCCCGAGAAAAUGGACACCGAAGCAAAAGAUCAAAUGCAUGUCCUUAUUGUGGACGACAAUGAUAUCAAUGUCCAGAUCCUUGCAACAUUCAUGCGAAAACUUGGCUACAGCUAUGAGACGGCUUCUAACGGAUUGAUUGCACUGGAAAAGGUGGAGUCUUCUCGAAGAUUUGACCUAAUCCUGAUGGAUCUAUCAAUGCCAGUAAUGGAUGGCCUGGUCUCAACAAGCAAAAUACGCCAGUAUGAAAAAGACAACGCCCUCAAGCCUUCCUGCAUCAUGGCUGUAACGGGUGUUGCAUCGGAUACUAUGCGACAAGCCGCCAGAACCGCAGGUGUCAACGACUAUCUUGUCAAGCCACUUUCACUUCGUAAGCUGAAGACGCUUAUUGGUGUUUUAUUCUAA